AUGGAUCAAAAAAUUAAAUUUACUACUGACCGAGUAAGAAAAACAACUUUGAAAAAGUAUUUUAGCAAUCCUGAUUUGGCCCCCAGUCGUAAUCUCGUUAACUGUCAACGAGUAAUCCGCACGGACGAUAUUCAACAAAUUAAUCAACAUUCUUAUCACCAAACUUGUUUUGAAAUGUUGGGAGUAAAAGAAAAUCAUAUCCUUUUUGGAAAUAAAAAGACUAAUUUUUGGGAUAUGGGCGAUGGUCCUUGCGGUCCGAAUACUGAAAUAUAUUUUGAUUUUCAUCCCAAAAAAAAUUUACUAAAAAAUAUUGAGGAGUUGGAUAACAAGCGUUUUAUUGAAAUCUGUAAUAUUGUCUUUCCUGAGUUUUACCACAAAGGAGAGGAAUAUUUGCCAUUGGCCGAAAAAUGUGUUGAUACGGGGGCAGGAUUAGAAAGAAUUGCUAUGGUUUUACAAGGCAAAAAAAAUACUUUUGAAAUUGAUUUAUGA